AACGCAUUGGAUGCACUGCAUAGCAAGUAAACAAGGCUCUCCAUUCCUCUCCCAUUGAGUUUGGAUUAUGACACCUCACACAGCCUGUGGGCAACUGGGCUUCACCAGGACUAUGGCAACAACAGUAUCACAGACAGUCAAGAAGCCCCUGGAUUGACAUCAAUGAGCCUCUGCAGAGACGGAGAGAAGAAAGAGAGAGGAGGAUGGAAAAAGAGAGAAGGAGACUGACUGAGAGAGGGGCAGAGAAAAAUAAGGAAUAAAGGCAGAGUGACCAAGAGAGAGAAAGAAUAUAGAGAUAAUGAGAAAAUUAAAAAAUAAGGACAGAAGGAAAGACAGAGACAGAGAGGGAGAGUAAGUAAUUACAGGACUCCCGGUGUUUUCAAAGCCCCUCUUUUAUCUCACCCUUCCUGUGGCUGGGAAAAGGAGAAGCAGCGGAAAGGGGGAGGAGGAGAGGAAGACUAAAGUCCAAGCUUUAGUCCAACGCAGACAACAGGCACCAGUCAUCCACAUCACACAAAAACAGACACACUCAAAAUAAUUUAUAGCUUCUGUUUCAAAGACAUUUUAUCAUCUGAAAUAAGGUGUUUGUGUGUAUGGGGUGGGCUUCAUGUAAGGUCCUUUAAUGGUGAUAGUUAGAUAGAACUUUUCUCUGUCCACCUAAAAACAUUGUGAUUAUUAUUUAUAAAUGUUCCAUGUCUGCUUAUAUGUUGUGCGGCAUACUGAGUGUUUUCACUGUACCAAAAACACAUUGCACCAACCUUGGUUGUGUGGCCAUUAAAGUGAAGUGAAAAAGUAGUAGUAUUAAUAGUAUUAGUUGAAAUUGUAGUGGGAGUGGUGGUAAUGUAAAUAGAAGUAGAGUUAGUCAUAGUGGCAAUAUCAGUAGUAUUCUGUAAGCAAUAGCAAUACCAGUAAUAGUUAUGGUAGCUGUAAUUGUAUAAGUUAAAGUUUAUUGUCAUUAUCAUAUGCAUUACAAACAGUAAAUUCAUUCAUUCACAACUGAACCAAAAGAACAAACAAUUUAGAAGAUGUCAUUUUGGACAUGUCCAACUAUUUGCUAUUGUCCAACAAUUCAUUGAUUCAUUGUAAAAAUAACUGACAGAUGAACUGAUAAUGAAAAUAGUAUAAAAAUAGUUAGCUACAGCCCUACUGUAACAUGCAUGUAAGGCUGUAUGUAAACACACACACAUGCAUAUGCGCAUAUUCCCGAGAGUAUGGGAACAGCAAUAUAUAAAAGAAUAGGAAAAAACACAGCAGUGGUUGUGAAAGUUAAAGCUGUAUUAGUGAAUGCACGUUUAGCCACUUUCAUGGUGCUGCCACUACAUGCCUGUGAACACUAGAUGGCGGGGUUGAGUCGUGGCCUGCAGCAUGUUAAUUGUCUAUUUGUCUACCUGGAACACGUUAAUCUGUUUCUCAUUCAGGGCGGAGAAAACUUCUCACUUUUUUCACAUCAAGGAGGAGCUUGCAGACACACCGACAUGCGCCAAAGUGGAGGCUGAGACACAACUUGCAGUAAAAACUCGCAGACAGCUAGUCCCUCGGCGAUGCUUAUCCGACACCACGCUAGAGAUUGAUCACCGAUCACCAGGACUGAUCGCCCGCCAGCCGAUCCCGCAGUGCAGCGGAGAAACCAGACCAGCGUGCCCCCUCUCUGAGCUCCAGGAAGAAGACGCAGACAUGUCAGAGAGGAGAGAUCAGAAGAAGUCCGUCUUUCUUUCCUCAUUAUUAGUGUGUUGUAUGUUUGCUAGUGCGGAGUAUUCCAGCUGUGGAGAGUACGAAUUCUUCAACCAGACCAGUAACAGUUGCCAGGCCUGCCCUCAGUGCCAGCCAGGACAGGAGCCGCAUAUGACCUGUGGCUACGGUGUGAAGGAUGAAGACUUCACCUGUGUGCCGUGCCAACAGGGGAAAUAUUCCAAGGGGAAGUAUGAGAUCUGCAGACGGCAUAAAGACUGUGACGCCCUCUACAAAGCCACUGUUCGUGUAGCGGGAACCUCUGACAGCGACGCAGAGUGUGGACCCUGUUUACCAGGGUAUUACAUGCUGGAAAACAGACCCAACAACAUCUAUGGAAUGGUUUGCCACUCUUGCCAGAAUGCACCACGCAAUACCAAAGAAUGUGGGCCAACAGAAAAACCUCAAAUUAACCCUGGCAGCACUACUGUGUUCCCUAAUCCACAUAAAGAUUCCACCGGACAAGGUCACCUUGCAACUGCUCUCAUUAUCGCCAUGUCAACCAUUUUCAUCAUGGCCAUCGCCAUCGUCCUCAUCAUCAUGUUUUACAUCCUGAAGGCCAAACCGAGUGGCCAUGCUUGUUGUUCAGGGCAAGUUGUGAAGGCAGUAGAAGCUCAGACCAACAAACAGGAAGACAAGAAAGAUGUCCCUGACAAUGUGGUGAUCUACUCAGAGAAAGACGAGUUUGACAAACUAAAAGCGCCACCUCAGAAGACGGUGAAAAGUGAAAAUGACGCGUCAUCAGAAAACGAGCAGCUGUUGAGCCGUAGCAUUGACAGUGAUGAGGAGGCGACGUCUGAAAAGCAAGGGUCAGCCGAGACCAACAACCCCAACCUGUGCCUUGUCAACCUGGGGAACAAACCCGACCUCUCCCUGCUCUCUCUGGGCCUCUUGGACCGCGACAGAGCCUGCAAUGGGAGCCCCAACAUUGCAGCCUGCCAGGCCAAUAACAUCCCAAGUCCCAACCACAUCGGCAAUGUCAACCAUAUCAACAGUGUGAAUGCAAUCAACAACAACAAUAAAACCCCUGGGAUGCUACAGAGCCGAAGGAAAAAGAUCCUGGAUCUGUACACCAGAGCCUGCAAUGUGACAGAGGGCCUGAGUCCAACAGAGCUUCCCUUCGACUGUCUGGAGAAGGCCAGCCGCAUGCUGAGCUCCUCCUACAGCAGUGAGGCGGCUGUGGUGAAGACAUGGAGGCAUCUGGCCGAGAGCUUUGGGCUGAAGCGCGACGAGAUCGGUGGCAUGAGCGACGGCCUGCAGCUCUUUGAGAGAGUGAGCACGGCGGGCUAUAGCAUCCCCGACCUCCUGACCCGCCUGGUACAGAUCGAGAGGCUGGACGCUGUUGAGUCACUCUGCUCGGAUGUGCUGGGCAGUAGUGAGAUGUCGGCAGCAGCCGGACGGCAGGGCAUCAGCAGUUUUCACAGCCAGCUGGUCUGUCCACCGCAGUGCUCAUCUCCAUCCCAGCGCUGUGCUAGUGUCUAAAUAUGCAGUGGCGCAGAGACUGAGGACAGCACAUAUACAGUAUACACCUUACCCCAUCACAUGAAGAAUGUCAGUGGACCUCCCUGUGCACAAUCCUUUUUUCUGAUUAUGGGUUGCCAAUUUUAAGAAUCUAGUAAUACCUUAUAUGGCCUUAAUGUUCUCUUUCUGUAGUGCUACAGAGUUUGAGAAAGACAAAAAUCAAAGAUUACUCUCUAGUAUGCUAAUUCAGAUAUUUUCUCCUCUGACAAAGACUAAACCAAACUAGUUUUCUUUUUAUUAGAUUUUUGUCUUUCUAAAAUUUUAGCAAACAAUACGUAGGUUAACUGUGCGCUGGACGUAACACUUUUCUCAAAACUAACAAACAACGUUUUGUAUGCUGUUUACAAAAUCCCACAAAUGGUGUGUUGAUGGAAAUGGUCCCUGAGCAGCUCCUCUGCAGAAGUGUUUCUUGGCCAUCUGUCCUUCUAGUUCAAAGUAUAGAACUCUCUCUUCUACUGCCCCCCUCACUCCUGUGCACGAGCGCUGACGCCACCUGAUUGGUGGAACAAUGUUGUGGGGAAAGUCUGCACCACUUUUUAUCUUUUUCAGUUACAGAGCCAUGGCUUUGUAGGAAAACCAGGUUUUUUCAGAGCACACAUAAAACGGAGGGCUAGCAAACUGUGACGAAAUAUUCGCUGAAUUAAUCAAAAAGUGUAUUGGACUACAAUCACUUUUUAUCCCUUUAAGUGCCUUUCUUGUAGGAAUACCAGUACAAGUGCAUUGUAAGUGGAAGGAAUUAGGAUCCCUUCUUAGCUGUCCUUUCAGUGAACCUUCUUAUCAGGACCAAAAUCAUUUGGUUAAACCCGCAGCUGACAGAAUUAGAUGUUUGUUUCCAUAUAAAGAAAGUAACCUGGUUUGACUGCAGCAUCGGUUAACAUUCAUAACUGCGCCUAUGGCUGUGUUGUCAUCAUAAAGGAAAGACAGUAGAUAUGAACUUCCCUUAUUCAAAAUAAAAUCAUUAUGCCCAGCUGGAAAUGCUAAAACAUCCAUCAAAUAGACCUUCAUCUGGUAAAAUUGUGAACUUGCAUUUGGGGAUACCCUGGUGUCUUGUCAUGUCAUGUCACCAGCAUACACACAACUGUAGUCAACAUUACAGAACAGUAUUUUAAUUUUUAAAGAAUUACCUACAUACAUUAUGUUGGUAUUUUUAACUGAAUGCUUAAAACUGCCUAUGUAAAUCAAUUGACUUAAACCUAUUUAAGUCAAUUUAGGGUUGAUUCUGCAAUGUUGUUUAUUUAGUACUACUCGGCUCUAUUAAUUGAUUUCCAUAUGUGUGUUAAGAGUGGAAACAAUUGUACUUCACCAAUAGAUAAAGUGUGUCUUCUGCUUAAACACACAUGUAAAUCCACUUCCCCAACAUAUUUUCUUACUGCAACUACUUCCUCAGCAGUGACCCAGUAUGUGACCCUCCCCAUAAUUCUUCCUCUCCCCGCUUAUUCCCCUUUUACCCCAAUGCUGCGGUCUAGUGCUGCCGCCAGCCCUAAUUAUUUGGCGUGUGGCUCCCUGGGCCCCUAAUAGGCUGAAGUGUUGUGGUUUACAGAGCGGGUGCAAAGUGCCUGUGAUUUCCAGCACCCAAUUAAGCAUUUAGGGCCACUUAACCACUGAAAGCCCAGUGGAAAAGCUGUAAAACCCUGCAUUAAAAAGAGAGAUGCCACGGCAGAGGCAUGACUAACUGCCCCUGGGGUAGCUGCACUGUGAACGAUGCAAGAAUGCAGCCGGUCGUGGUGGAAGCAGUGCUACGGUCAUCCUAUAACGUCUGACCUUACUCAGCUUUUGUGGUCGGCUCAGUCAUGCUCAGACAGGAUUUAAGCUCCCCACUCCCCUAUGGGACCAAUAUGGCAAAUGAGAACAAUAUGCAGGUUGUGAGGGUUGUCCUUUUCUGAAAAGCAUCUGAAGCUGGUUAAGUGUUGUACGUACAGAGACCGAGGGUGGCUCUGAUAAGCAUCAAGUUAAACUUUGGGAAGAGCAUUACGUUAAUGCUCAUAAAAGAUACGAUACUGCCAGUCAACGUCCUGCUUUCUCUAGCAGUUAAGCUUCAAAACUCAGCAGUAAGCUCCAAAGGCCAACUUUGACAAGCAAUGCCAAGACUUGCUUUGAUCUAAUUUCUUGGGAAUGGGACUGAUCUUUAUCUCAUGUCUGAUGUUGUCAGUAUAAUGUCCCAUGACUGUUCUGCACAAAAUCAAACACAUCAUCGCUGCCAAGUUCUUUCUCUACUGCUUUUUUUUUUCGUUCAUUUUUUACAGUGCAAACUCUGGGGCUGGACUCCAGCACUUUAAAUUAAUUAAUGUGCAUGUUUAUCAAGCAUGUGUUCAUAUUUUUUGUUCUUUAAUGUCUCCUGUCAAGGCAAAUAACAAGCUCCCAUUUGAAUAUACUGCCUUCUUAGAGCAGGGUUGUCUUCAUCAAAUCAAAUUAAAUUGAAAACAGGUUUCACUAGUUAUUUUUUAUGAUGUUUUAUGCUGUUGAACUAUUGUAAAUAAUCUAAUUUGGUGGAUUGAACUGAAAUGGACUCAAGCCCUGUUUUCAGACAGGCAAAAAACUUGUGUGACAUAUAUUACGCUGAUAGGAUGAUAUACAGAAGCCAAAACGGAUUACUUACCUCAGUAUUACACUCAAAGAACACAGUAGAACAUGUAGAAACACACACACUCAUCACAGAACCAAAGUAUAACUGUAUAUAUAACUUAUUAUUGUACAUAAUGUAUACAUUAAUAAAGAUGUAUGGAAAAAAU